AUGGUUUCGAGCAAUAGGCCCGAUUGUACCACAGGUCUCCUAAAAUUCCUUGAAGAUCCUAGAUAUCCUUCAGUAGGCCCACACCUGCGUUUUUUAGGAUUGAUAGGUUUAUGGCGUCCAAAAAAUUCAAAUUUCAAGAGGUUCAAACAAUUUCAUUUUUAUGUGACAAUUCUGUUUUUCUGUAGUCAGUAUGUUAAAUGUUUAAUCAGCAUGAAUAGCGAUUCUGUUAUGCUGAUCCUCAAAUAUGCUCCUUUCCAUUUGGGAAUAGCGAAGAGCUGCUACUUUCGAAAGGAUUGCAAAGAAUGGGAGAAAUUUAUCGACUUCAUGUCAUCCAUAGAACGCAAACAGCUGGCCAAGAAGGAUGAAGAAUAUGAAGUCAUACUAAAAGAGUAUAUAAAAAGAAGUCGCCGCGUUACCUACUUCUUCUGGGGCCUGGCUUUUUUCUCUAAUUUCAGCAUAUUUAGUGAACCUUACCAGUACAAUCAGAUUGUCGAAAAUGGAACUAGCAUUUACCAGCAUAUAUUUGAUGGCUACACUCCGUUCAGUUGGGAACCUCCAGGAUAUUAUGCUUCGAUGGCCAUUGAGACCGUAUUGGGUCUUACAGUGAGCGCAUAUGUCAUCACAUGGGAUACAUUAGUAGUCACCAUGAUGAUAUUUUUUGCUGGACAACUGAAGAUCACUCGUCUAAAAUGUGUACAGACUAUAGAUCUCUCUAGUAGAUCUAAAAGUCAUGAAAAUAUUGUAAAAUGCCAUAUUUUUUACAAAGAUUUAAUAAAAUAUCAGAAGAAGUUCAACUCUUUAAUAUCAGCAUCCAUGUUUAUAUAUUUGGUCGUCAUCUCAGUAAAUCUAGGAGUCUGCAUCAUUCAAAUCGCUAAGAUAGAAGAUGACUUGGGGACACUGAUAUCCAGUUGCGAGUUCGUUCUUGCCUGUUUGAUACAGCUGCUUCUGUUCUACUGGCAUGCCAAUGAAGUCACGGAAGAGAGUAAAUUAGUAAGCUAUGGAACUUUCGAGAGUGAUUGGGUGGAUUCUGACAAGAAAUUGCAAAAAGAAGUAGCCUUACUUGGUCUAACAACUACAAAGAUAUUCGUUUUCAAAGCUGGACCAUUCAAUGUGAUGUCGCUCGCAACUUUCAUCUCGAUUCUGCGAGGAAGUUACAGCUUCUUCACAUUAUUGAGCGAAACUAAUUAG